AUGAACACCGCUACUCAAGUAUGCAGAAGCGGCGCUCUUUUAGUUUUUACUGGUAACGUUUUGCGUCAAAGACUAAAGGAGGAACCAUGUGUCGUUCAGCCUACAUGUAAUUGUGAUCUCCUGGAGGGUGAGAAAUUGGAGCAAUCCGCAAGCCCUAAUUUGACUGAUGCUGCUGCUACCCCACUUUUUUCAGAACCAAAGCCAAGCACCAAUUUCAUCGACGUGCCAAAGCCAAGCACCAAUUUCAUCGACGUAUUCUCAUUCAGUGGUCCAGCACCUGAGAGGAUCAACGGUAGGCUAGCAAUGAUUGGAUUUGUAGCAGCCAUGGGUGUUGAGCUAGCCAACGGUGCUGAUUUAUCCGCUCAGUUAUCAAGUGGUGGAUUUUCUUGGUUUUUGGGAACAAGUGCUUUGCUAACUUUGGCUUCACUUAUCCCACUGUUCCAAGGAGUUACUGCUGAAUCCAAAUCUGGUCGGAUAAUGAGUUCUGAUGCUGAGAUUUGGAAUGGAAGAUUCGCUAUGUUAGGUUUAGUUGCUUUAGCUUUUACUGAAUAUGUUAAAGGAGCUGGCCUUUUCCAAGUCUGAAUGUAAAUUCUUUAGCUUAAGUUAAUAUUUUUUUUUUAAUUAGUAAUGUAUAGAAUAUAUCGAUUGAAGAUAUCUUCAGUAAUGAGAUUAUAAAAUAUUUUGUUUCCUAA